AUGUUCCGUGGCUGCCUGGUGGUCGGGUGGUUAUUGCCCCGGUGGAGCCUGGGCCUCCGGUUGUUCCUGCUCUUUCUGUGCAAGGACUUCGCGUUCGGCAGAUUGGGCCUUGGCAUCCUCGAGGGCCCGCUCGAGCUCGGCGACAGACCAGGCUGCGAUGUCCAGUGCACUGCUGGCGUGCUGGCGGCCGCCUCGACGGCCACGCGUAGGGCCUCCGCCACGGCGGGGUCGGGCACUGCGAGGAGCGUGUCCAGCUCGCUGGAGACUAGGGGCCGGUCUGCGGCGGGGGGCGGCCGCGCGCGGGGGGGGGGGCGGCAGCCGGCCUCGCGCAGGGCGAUGGCCGAGGGAGGCGGGGAUGGUGGCGAUGAGGCCGCUUUGCGCGAGGAGAUCUCGCGGCUCCGCGCCGAGCUGGGCGCGAGCGAGGACUCGCGAGCCCGCGAGCGCGAGGAGCUGGAGGGCAGGGCGCUGGAGGUGCGCCAGAAGGCCAAGGACCACAUCGAGCAGCUGCAGGGAAAGAUGCGGCAGGUGAUCGAGCGCAAGGACGAGCGGCUGUCCGAGGUCGAGGCACAAAAGGCUGCCCUCGAGUCCGAGUUGGCCGCCGCCCGCGCCGCCGCCGACGCGGCCGCCGAGUCCCGCGGCGUCGCCGGGCCCCUGGGCGACGCCCUUGCGGAGCAGCUGCAGGCCGCCGCCCGGGAGAGGGACGAGGCCCGGGAGGAGUGCGCGGCCAUGAAGGUGAAGCUCGAGUCCUUGGAGGCGCAGUUCAGCGCGCUCUCCGCCACUCCAGAGGGCCAGAGCGGCGAUAUGGCCGAGGUGGCGAGAGCGCAGCGGGAGUCCGAGGCCAAGAUGCAGGAGGUGGUGAGGAGGGCGAAGGAGCACGUGAUGCAGGUGCAAGCGAAGCUUGCGACCAGCAUGACGGAGAACAAGGAGUUGAGCGAGAGGUAUCAAGAGGUGAACGAGGCUUACAAACAGCAGCAGGAAAAGGUCACCAAGUACAAGCAGCUGAUGGCACAGGCGAACGCCAGGAUCGAGGAGUCGGACGAGAACGUACGUGAGCUGAAGGACGCGCUCAGCAAGUCGCAGGCUCAGAGGCUUACCAUGGCAUCGCAGAUGGGCUCGAUGCAGUCCAACUUCGUCCCGCCUACAGCCGACGAGGUAUCUCAGAGAGGCGGCGUGCUUCUCGCGGUGGAGACCCCCGACGGCGAGGACGUCUGGUGCCUGGUGAGGAGGCCAGACGACGGCGGGGCGUCCGCCGAGGCCAGCAGCGAGGCGACGGCGGACCAGGGCGCCCAGCACUGCUGGCACCUGCUCUCGCAGCUGGAGGGUGUCGAGGGCCCGGUGCCGCUGCAGCGGAGAUGGAAGGGCGAGGUGUCCGCCCUCAGGGCGCAGAUGUCCAGGUUCAAGAAGAAGAGCGAAGACGUCCAGGAGGCCUUCGACGCCUACAAGGAGAAGGCCAACGCGGCCCUCCAGAAUGGCGCCGUGCAGAGUCAGGAGAUGCUGCUGCGAGACAGGAGGCUGGAGGAGCUUGGCGAGCAGCUGCAGGCAACCUCUCUAGAGUUGAGACGCAGCGAGGAGCACAAGGACCGCGCGCUGGCCGACUUGGGGGAGGCGCGCAGGCGCCAGCAGGAGGCCAGCUCCCGGGCGCUCGACCUGGAGAGGGCCCUCGAGCGCUGCCAGCGGGAGGGCGAGGAGAAGGCCGAAGCGGCCGCCGCCCGGGGCGCCAGCGCAUUCGAGGCCCGGAAGGUUGAGCUGGAGCAGCAGUGGUACGAAAAGGAGCGGGGAUACCAGAGGGACCUUGACCUCAGGAGGACGCAGACCGAGUCCCUCAAAGAGGAGAUCGAGCGCCUCAACGCCCGGGUCUUCAGCCAGCAGGCCGCCGCGGCCGCCCUGCGGGCGGAGGCGAGCGCGCCGGGGCCCGAGGUCGUGGAGAGGCUCAUUCGCGCUCUCGAUGAGCAGACGCGCGCCUUCGCCGCCAGGAGCCGGCCGAGCCUGGUUGACAGCGAGGGCGUCGGCAGACCAGCGGUGUUCAACGACGACGAGGCUCGAUUCUCAGAGUGGGCCCAGAAGACAGAAUUCGAUCUUCUUGGAGUCGAGCAGGCCUUGGAACAGGCCUUAGAAUGGGCGCUCGACCAGGGCGGGGAGAUCGCAGUGCAGCAGGUGCUGGAAUCUUUCGGGCCAGGAAGCGCCCAUGUCAUAGACGGCGUCGUUGGACUCAACUUACAAGGCAAGACGGCCCUGAGCAACCUCGCCGAAGGUGAAGGUAGGAGCCUCUUGCGAGCCAUCCUGGCGCCGGCCAGGGUCAAGAUGGACGAGCUUGGCUCGGCCUUGCAGACCUGGGAGUAUAUGGUCAGCCGUUGCAACAAGAAGUCGUUGAAGCUUGGCGAGCCGGCCGUUGCCGACGACUUCCUGCGCUCAGCGUUGGAAGCCCCAGUGCCAGACGACUUGGAGAAGCAUCUCCAUCUCAACGCAUCGCGCCUCGAGAAGUGCGCCGAGGGGCCGCAUCACGGACGGCAGAAGUUCGAGGGCUACUGCGACAACUGCGUCAAGUACGGCCGCAAGAAGAAGGGCGAGGACGACGCUCGAAGGUGCAUCACAGGUAGGGGGAGCGACGCGCGCAAGAUGUCGGCAUCGGCGCUCCAAGUGCGCGAGAAGGGGCGCCAGCUGAUAUGGUUGAGCGCUGACGAGGGCCACGUGGUCCCCAAGGACAGCCGCGUCGGGAAGAUGCUGCAGAAGGAGCUCGAUUGCCUGGCGCGGCGUUUCGGGGACGACUCGCCCCUGCCAGUGCACCGAGAGAGGGGCGUCUACAACUUCUACAUGAAAGUAGAGCGCGCGGGGGCGCACCCGUACCCAGCGAAGUUCUUCGAAGGCUACUUGAAGGAGCGCGGUUGGAAGAGGUGCGCGAGCUGGUCAGACGGCGAGCGCCGCCGCGUAGUUUUGAAGGCCGUGGCUGACCAGAUGAGGGCAGUAGAGAUUGUCGCGCAGAAGUCUCCAGUAGGAGGCCACGCAGCGAACGGCGAGGCUGAGAACGCGGUCAAGGAGGUGAAACGCAUCGUGCGCGUGCAGAAGCAGACGCUCGAGGAGAGGAUUGGUACGCGGCUACCGCUGCACCAUCCGAUUUGGACGUGGCUGCCACGACAUGCUGCUGCGCGUCUCAGUAGAUGCCGCAUCGGCGAGGACGGGAGGUCUGCCGAACAGAGGCGCACAGGCAGGCGCUGGGCGAAGUCGGCGUUGGAAUUCGGCGAGCGGAUUCACGCGGGGCUCGCGCAGGAGCAGCCGCGGAGCGGCAUGACUCCUAAAAUGGCAGAGGACUGGUACGUCGGCCACCAGACGCGGACUGGCAGUCUGCCGACAAUGACCACCAGAGGGGGUUCGCGAGGCAAGACCUACAACAAGAUGACAGCGGAGGAGCGCUGGAAGCCCGCUGGGCUAGACCAGGCGCGCCAGCGACUUCAGCGGCAGCAGGCAGGCGCCAGCGGCAGGCGCGCCUGCCACGCCGCCGGCGGCAGCGCGGGCGCCGCCGCCGCCCGGCGAGGAGCGACCUCGCAGAAGGCGGUCCUCUCGGCGGAGGAGCUGGAGGACAUUACCCAUCUGAGCUUGGAGCUGCCCAUGGGAGCCGUAGAUGGUCACGAGUUGUGCCCGCCUCCGCAGAAUGUCGCGCUCGCGCGCCGCCUGGGCCUCAGGCCUGGGGCGAGCGCAACUUACAGGGCGCACCCCAGCCCGAGUGGGACAGAGCAUGCGCUCCAGGAGCAGAACGUUGCGAAGCGUCAUGUUGAAGUGGCUUGUGAGAGCUACCUGAGGCAGAUGGCGCGGGGUCGGCACUUCUUGCACGAGCACCCCCACGACGACAGCAGCUGGGAGACACCAGGCAUCCUGGAGCUACUGGAGCAGGACGCCGUGGAGAGGGCCACGGCCGGCCCGGUGCCCGCAGAGCCCGACGCCUACGAGCAGGGCAGAUCGCUGUUGGAGGACAGCGACGGGCAUUGGGACGACGUCAACGGAGGUUGGCUGGACCCCGCCAUGGUGAGGUGCGAAGCCUAUCCAUUGAUGUGGCUCGACACCAACAAGGGCGACAACGAGCGACCGAACUGCCCGUCUCGUAUCGUCGUGCGCGAGAAGCGAGGCCAAGGAGACGAAGGGCGCAAGUUGCCUGCAGUGUUGCUGUUUCACGCAAUGCCGCCUCUGGAGGCAGUGAAGAUGCUGGGGGGCUUGAUGGUGCAGAACAGGAGCAGCGACCGGGGUGAGCCUCUAGGGAUGAGAUUCUUCGACCUAUCACGUGCGCAUUUGCACGGCCAGGCCGAGAGGGCGGUGCGCGUGGAGCUGCCCGAGGAGGAGCAGGACAUGUCUGCCACCUGGCAGCGAGACUACACAGCAGUGCUCAAGCAGGACGGGCACGAGCCAGGGAAGGCGAACCCGGCCCUUGUCUACAAGAAGGUCGACGACUGUCGGUCUUUAAUUCACGGUGAUGACUUCUGCGCCAUGGGCGACGACGACGCCCAGGACCAGAUCGAGCACGGUUUGCGGAAGAAGUACGACUUGAAGGAAUUCAGGGUUCUACGUGCAACAGGAUGCCCAGGAGAGGGGCGUUUCGAGGUCGAAGCAGAUCCACGGCGCGCAGAGAUGAUAUUUCGCGACAUGGACCUCGAACAGGAAUCCGCUAAGACGCCAGAUGUUCCUGGAUUGAAGAAGGAGGAGGCCGAAGCGGAGGAGCGGUUCGCCUCGCCCCCGCUCGUCGGUGGCGACGUCCGCCUGCACCGCAGCGCGACCGUGCGCGCGUCGCACUUGGCCCCAGAUCGGGCUGACAUUGGCGAUGCAGUGAAGAAUCUUGCUAGUCACAUGCAAAGCUCGAAGCAAGUCGACAUGGCACGGCUUAAGAACUUGGCGAGAUACCUGAAAGGACGGCCUCGGGUAGCACAGUCAUUUGCCCAUGUCAUGGUGGACAGCGACAACGCUGGCGACGAGAUCAGCCGACGGUCUACUGUCGGGCAGGUCGUUUUCGUCGGCUGCCAGGCGGUGAAGCAUGCUUGCAACCUGGUGCAGGUGAUUGGACUUUCUUCUGGAGAGCACGAGUACUGCGCGAUCAGCGCCAGCGCGUGCACCGGAUUAGGCAUCCAAGGCUUAUUGGAGGACUGGCAGGCCCCCUCGAAAGUCAAGGCGGUGUCGGACUCUUCCGCGGCGCGCGGUUGCGCGUCGCGCCGAGGCGCUGGGGAGCUGAAGCGCGUUCAGACCCGCUACCUGCGGGUGCAGGGGAGGAUUGCCAUGCAGCACCUGGAGUUGGGCAAGAUCGGCACGGCCGAUAACAGGGGCGAUCUCCUGGCGAAGCCCUUAGGUCGCAAGGAGAUCGACGUCCACAUGAAGGGUAUCAACCAAGAGCACGGGAGCGGCAGAGCGGCCAAAGGGUUGCUUCUGAAAUAG